AUGUUCCAGCUCUCGCCGCGGUCUUCUGACCCUUCGUCACCUAGUGACUCCAUGUCGGGACGCGACAGCCCACGCUCCCCACCGACCACAGGUCAUCCCUCCGACGAGGAGGCUGCUUCGCAGCGGCUCAGUGUACGACAGUACCACGACGAGCACCAGCGGCGUCAUGGCUCCGGCUCGGUGAGCCAACGUCCAAGUGAAAGCGAAGCUCCACGCUCACCUGAGCCGCCUGGGUCGCCCACCCAACAUGGUGAGCUAGAGUCUGGUGAGGUCGCCACUGGCGAAGUGGCUGGGAACCCAGCGUCGAGUUCUCACGAACUUUGGACGCCCAAUCCUUUUCCCAGCCGUUCCUGGUCGGCUUCAAACGCCCUGCGCAAUGCGCCGCCACUCUCCUCAAGGUAUGAGGACGAGCUCCCUGAGCCGGGUGUCAUUACCAAUGACCUUGACGGCGCCCAGAGCCGCCAGAUCGCUGCAGAGGCCCACGCUCGGCCUAAUCGGCCUGUGGCCCGCCCCAUUGUGGGGACGUCGCGCCGCGACUACGGCCGCUCGACACGUACACGUGUGGGCCUGCGGCCAGUACGACGGACGAAGUUGUUAAACGACAGACGCUCCGUGAGCGAUACUUGA